AUGAUAUCUAUGCACUAUGGUGGUGUAGAACGGAAACGAUUUGCAGCUAAACGUCUUUCCAACUUCCUACUCGAUCACGUGGUAGAUGCUGGAGUGGACCCGAACAUGCCCUUCUUUGCAGUAUGUGACCAGCUGUCGGCAACGCUCAGUGAAACACAGUCGUUUGGCAAAGCCACCAACACUUUCUUUGUCCGACGGCUUUGA